AUGAUGCUCAUGGACGCACUGACCGACAAACCCGACUGGCACAACAAGGUUCAAGACGAAACUGUUGUAGACAAAUGGCGCCAGGAAGCAUUAAGCCAGGAUGAGCAGGAGCUGUGGACUUACAUUGUCCCACGUAAGCAAGCCAGUUCUAACUUGAACGAAGCCGCUGACAUUGGGUGCGGAGGACAGUGUAUCCAAGAGUUGAAAAUAAAGGCCGAGUUCUUUCGUCAAACUGGGCUCAUCUAUACCUUGAAUGCGGAUGCCAACGCAGUGAUCAAGUCAGAUAGCCUGGUGGGUGCCGACCUUCGAGAACAAUUUCAGUUCGCCUUCGAGAAACUACAGGCAGAACAGCAGGCCGAUCCUUUGUGGCAUCCCGAUAUGUGCGGUCGGCCCAUGUCCAAGACCUGGUUCAUCCAUCUUGGUACCCGUUUAUUUAUGAAUGGUACUGUCAAGUUCACAAGCUAUAUCAACAAUCUUCACCCAACCAAGCAUGUUGAGAUAUACCGGCUGAUCGAGCGGCUCAUCGACAUUGCUAUUCCAGCUUGGGAUCAAAUCCUCACUCCCCUGACGCCUGAAGGCGGCCGCCGGUGCUGCAUCACACCUCGCCGGAUUGACUUGGGACCUGAAGUCGAGGAUGAGAAUGGAGACCAAGUUGAAGACCUGUGGGAAGAUCUUAAUCUCGAAAUAAUUGCCGCAUAUGAAGCUGAACAUGGAGAGAUCAAACCGUGGGGCAGUGAUAAUCCAGAAGAAAACCUGUCCCGCCGUGACAAAGAGGAGCUGCAAGACAAGGAAGCGCGAUGGGCUCGAGGGAUUGCACGGAUAAAAUGGAAAAAACUUCGAGAGCCCAAGCUUCCCGAGCCUGAGGAGUUCCGGCCACCCAAUUUCAGUGCCGGCUCAGACCUUCGCAAGCAAUACAAGAAUUCAGGGCUGCAAAUAACUGUAAAAAUGGUUUCUAUUGAACUGACGCCUGAGAUCUCGGAGUUCGAAGAAGGUGGCUGGCACGUGGCCCAACUACCCAAGCGUACGGACGUGUCGAGACGCGUUAAGGUCGUUUCCUCGCCUUCCCUAAUGUUAUGUCACAGGCGCUUCAUUGCCCUUUGGCUGGUCGACCCGUCGCAGCGUAUCAUUUCCACGGCGAACCUACCUCCACAGCGCUUUGACUGGUGGGCCGAGGCUCAGUACAACUACGAAGAGAAACCCCUGGCGACCAAUGAUAGAGUGUUGCGCAGUGUUUUUGGAUCGUCAUACACUCGCCUGCCGGUGGAGAUCAAGGACAUGAUCUUGACGGAAUGUGAGGAGAUGGAGACGCUAAUGACUAGGGAGGAAGCUGAGAAGCAUGUUGAACAGUUGAUGGAUGAACGUACCAUUUUCGACGCAGACGAGGUAGAUCCUCUUGGUACAUGGGACUACAACUUCUGCGAGCACUAG